GACAAGAUCCUGCUGAUCGGUGAAGGAAACUUUUCGUUUGCCAGAGCGCUUUCGGAAAAGUACCUGACCGAGGGAUCCGAGAAUAUGGUGGCAACCUGCUUUGAUAGCGAAGAGGUCGUAUUCAAAAAGUACGGUGAAGAAGUCAAGGAUAAUGUUGCCUACAUUGAGUCUCUGGGUGGAAAGGUUCUCUAUGGUGUGGACGGUACUCAAUUGGACAAGUGCAAGGCCAUCAAGCAUAAUUUGUUCUCCAGAAUUGUCUUUAACUUUCCUCACGCAGGCUCUGGUAUCAAGGAUCAGAACCGAAAUGUGCGUGCUAACCAGGAACUGAUGACUGCCUUUUUUGCAUCUGCUGCACCUCGCCUGACUGAUGGAAAGCAACCUCUUGGUCAUGGUGAAAUCCAUGUUUCCAUGAAGACUUGCAAACCCUACAAUUUGUGGGCCGUGCGCAACUUGGCAAAGGCUGGUAACCUUGGAACCAAGACAACCUUCAAGUUCCACCCUGAGGACUACCCUGGGUACGAGCACAGACGCACCAUUGGAUUCAAGGAAGGAGUGAGCAAG